ACACGCACACACACACAUGCACAUACAGCAGAUCAGCAGAAGACAAACGGUAGGAAGAGCUCCAGCUCCAGCUCCAGCUCCAGCCUGCGACACAGAGGAAGACAACAACAAGGCGUAAGGACAUGAAGUGCUGAUAUGGCUCUGGAUAUGGAGAGGACGGUGUCUAAAAUCAUGUUUGACUUCCAGAGGAACUCGACCUCUGAUGACGACUCCGGCUGCGCGCUGGAAGAAUACGCCUGGGUGCCGCCCGGCCUCAAACCUGAACAGGUUCAUCAGUACUACAGGUUUUUCCCAGAGGAUAAAGUUCCUUAUGUGAACAGCAUCGGGGAAAAGCAUCGGAUCAAGCAACUCCUUCAACAGCUGCCGCCGCAUGACAACGAGGUUCGGUACUGUACCUCUCUGGAUGAAGAAGAGAAGCGUGAAUUAAAGAUCUUCAGCAACCAAAGGAAGAGAGAUAACCUAGGCAGAGGCACCGUCCGACCUUUGCCCCUCACCAUAACUGGAGCCAUCUGUCAACAGUGUGGGGAGCAGAUUAAGGGUGGCGAUAUCGCAGUGUUUGCGUCACGGGUGGCUCACGGCCUGUGUUGGCAUCCUCACUGCUUCGUGUGCGGCGUCUGCUCAGAGCUCCUGGUGGAUCUGAUCUACUUCCAGCUGGAGGGCAAGAUCUACUGCGGCCGGCACCAUGCUGAGCGCCUGAAGCCCCGCUGCUCCGCCUGUGACGAGAUCAUCUUUGCGGACGAGUGCACCGAGGCGGAGGGCCAACACUGGCACAUGAAGCACUUCUGCUGCUACGAGUGCGAGGCUCCACUCGGCGGCCAGCGCUACAUCAUGCGUGAGGGUCACCCGCACUGCUGCAACUGCUUCGAGAACCUGUACGCCGAGUACUGCGACUCUUGCGGAGAGCACAUCGGUAUAGACCAAGGUCAGAUGACAUAUGAGGGUCAACACUGGCAUGCCACUGAAGAUUGCUUCAGCUGUGCCCGCUGCAGUCAGUCUUUACUGGGUCGUCCCUUCUUGCCGAAACAAGGAUUGAUCUACUGUUCACGUCUCUGCAGCCAAGGGGAUGAGGCCGAGCUGUCAGACUCCUCAGACUCUGCUUUCCAGAGUGCCCGCUCCCGACAGUCGCACCACAGUGCCUCAGUUGGCAAGGACGGGUCAAAAGGAAAGGGUGAAACUGUACGACAGACCUCCUCUGGCCCUACAACACUGUCUGGUGAUGCAGAGCCUCUGGCAGUACAGAUGGACUUGCUGAGCGUGGCCAGCCCAGCGCCCAGCCGCACACCCCACCGCACGCCAACCCGAACCCCCAGCAGGACCUCUAGUCGGUCUCCAAGCCUGAACCGCGAGCAGACAGUUUGGGUAAACAGGGACGAACCUUACUCCUAUGAGUCUCAAAGAGAUUCUUCUACAUCACCAAAUCCCCAUCAGCUACGAAGCCAAUGUAGCAUCCGUACCGCAUACCCUCCUUCUCCCAAUCAGCCCCCGAAGAUAGUGAGCAGUCAGGAAGCGUGGUCCAAAGAGCCGCCUGGAGGAAACUCCAAGAAGCCUCCAGUCAUGGCCGCACUGAGGGGACACUCUUUCAAUGAGAACUGGAUGCAUCAUGGCCAGGAACCAGAGUUUCACCCUCCAAAGCUCAAAACACAAAUGAGCUUCAAUGAGGUUUCGAGCCGUAAUUCUGGAUUUUUGGACAAGCGCAGUAUCAGUGUGCAGGGUUUCCCUCGAGAGAUGCGUCCUCCAUUGCUACGAAGCAGGCACCAAUUUAGGCCGAACUUUGGAGAACUUACGCCACUCGAACAAACACCACGAGGUUCUGCUGACUCCCUGGCCCUUUCCUACACUACAGGAAACUCUUUAGAUGGGACCAGCAGGCGUCAGGAGCACUUCUCUCGAUUUUCUAUGCCUGACCUGAGUAAAGACUCUGGAGUAAAUGUUUCUGAAAAAGGCACCGUGGGCACUUUAAACUCCUCAGUGCAGUUCCGCAGUACUGAAUCUCUGAGCUCUGUCCCCAGACCCCUCGCUGAUAUUGGCAUGCCCGUUCGACUAAGGUACCCUCCUCCUCUAUACUGGGAUUCGCCCCGAGGUCUGAGUUUCGAGGACCCAGUCAAAGGUCGCAUUGGUCUCGCAGGAAGCAUGUCUUGUAUGCAGGAUGGGAAUGCCCAAGCAAUGACACCACGGCCAAGACGUGCUCAAGCACAGAACUCCCCCCGACAGCAGCGGCAGCGGCAACGGCAUCACCGCAAAAACCACAAAAGUCAGAAAUAUCAGUACCGCUCCCGCCGCUCUCGCUCAGAUAAUGCCCUGCAUUUAGCUACUGAAGAUCAGAGUUUUCCUGGAGACCCCAUUCAUAGAUUUCACAAUGACUUCGAGCGACCGUCCUCAUCAAGACUCUCGCACAACCUCUUUGGAGCUAAUUAUGGCUAUCGGCAGCAGUUCUUCAGGCCAUGCCCUCGAACCACCUCUGACCUCACUUUGCAGGAUCCCGGAGGUCCACAGAUUGGACAGUACAUGGGUAGGUAUGGAGAAGCUGUUGAAGAUGAAGAUCAGUUCUGCUCCACCUGUUCCUCCUCUUCAGAGGCAUCAGAUGAUGACGCUUAUCUCCCGGGCGAAGGCAUUCCCCGGCCAGUGCAGCUGCGAUACUUCGACAACGAGGAGUUGCGACAUCGUUAUAGUCCUACGCUAGUGGGAGGUCACACACAGCUACAUACUCGCAAACGGCGGAAGAGCAAGAACUGCAUUAUAUCAUAAGCGGAGGGUAAUGUGAGCAUCUGAGUGUGUGCAGGAGAGAUCGGCAGGAGUGAGUACAUUCAUGUACCUUAUCAUUCGGUGUAACAUCAUAAAAGAUUCAGCUUGCUGUAAUUACGUUAUCUCUUAAUAUGAGCAAAAAUAGAUUUGCUCUUGUGUUAAAUUAAAAGUAAAUACCUUAAAGUUACUAUAAUAAAUGUCCAGACUCAAGAGUAGGAA